CCUCCACGGUACCACUGCUUGCUUCCUUAUCAUUUGACACGUUCUUAUCACCUAUUGGAAUUAUCACAUUUUCCYUUUGCUAUGUUUACAUAUUUGCAAUUAUGUUACUGUAAAUACAAACACUGAAACACCGGCGUAUAACAUUUACUUGUUUUAAAAUGGUGUGCGAAAAAUGUGAGAAAAAAUUAGGAAUAACGGCUACUCCAGAUCCUUGGAAACAGGGAUGUCGUAAUGCCAUUGAUACUAAUUCAGUGAGUAAACAAGACAACAAGCAUUUACAAACCAUUGGAAAAAUCAAGACUCUAUCUGGCUCYAAAGUAUCAUCAAAAUCUGCACUCAAGACAGGAUCAUCUUCGGUUAUGUAUUCAUUUGGUGCAUGCAGAAUAUGCAAACAGAAGGUACAUGAACCAGGAAGACAUUAUUGUCAGAGUUGUGCAUAUAAGAAAGGUAUAUGCGCCAUGUGUGGUGUACGCAUUUUAAACAUUAAAUCUUAUAAGCAAUCUGCUACUUGAAAUCAAUUUAAACAUUCAUUGUAUUAAAAUAUUAAAUAUAACAUAGUUGUAACUGAAACAAUUUUACUGUUUUAGAUUGAAAAUCAUUUAAACAUAUUGUAAUAUUAAUGAUUAUAAAUUGUAUUUUUUUAUAAUCAAUAAUAAUUUUUGGAU